GCUUAUAAAGGCAGCGAGAUCGCGCCCAGGCAACAGUGACUGCAGCAGCUUGUCCGGAAGGCACAGCGCCGCUCCGUUUCAACGGGCCGGCUGCACUCACAGUGUGAUCUGUCUUAAAGUCGCAGCCGCUGCGUUGUGUAGGGAAGAGACGGCACGGGUAUAAAUGAGCUGCAGCGCAGUGUCGUUGUGAUCAGAUCGCCCUCAGCUCAGUCACUGCUGCUGGUUCUGGGUCAACUGGGUGCCAAACGCCAUGUGCCGUGUCCACACUAACUGCAGAGGGUGACAGUCUCUCACAGUUGCCGUUCGCUCUCUUUGAACAGUCAAUUUCCAUCCACUGCUUUCUAAACAGACGAGUUGGCGGCUGAACAGCGCUCUGCUCAGCUCCAGAUCACCACAGACCCGAACACAGGGGAGCCCACACCCUGCAGUAGCCCGGACCAUGCUUUCACUCGCCGGAUCGACUGCCGACAAGUUUCGCGUUUGAUGAGAAUGUCAGUAAGAAUGCAUGAAAACCGGAAAUCAAGAGCCAGCAAUGGCUCAAUGAAUAUUUAUCUCUUCCACAAAACCACCUAUGCCGACAGUGUCCUCACCCACUUGAAUCUUCUGAGACAGCAGAGGCUCUUCACAGAUGUGCUCCUUCAUGCAGGUGAGAAGACCUUUCCUUGCCACAGGGCCGUACUGGCUGCCUGCAGCCGUUACUUUGAGGCUAUGUUCAGUGGAGGAUUACGUGAGAGCAAGGACAAUGAAGUUAACUUCCAUAACUCCAUACACCCAGAGGUUCUAGAGCUUCUUUUAGACUAUGCUUACUCAUCGCGUGUCCUCAUUAAUGAAGAAAAUGCAGAGUCACUACUGGAGGCUGGUGAUAUGCUGCAGUUCCAAGAUAUUCGGGAUGCUUGUGCAGAGUUCUUGGAGAAAAACCUCCACCCAACCAACUGUCUUGGAAUGCUGCUGCUCUCUGAUGCCCAUCAUUGCACUAAGCUUUAUGAGCUGUCUUGGAGGAUGUGCCUCAGUAACUUCCCAACCAUAAGCAAGAGUGAAGACUUUCUGCAGCUGCCAAAGGAUACACUGGUGCAGCUUCUCUCAAGUGAAGAGUUGGAGACGGAGGAUGAGAAGCUUGUGUACGAGACCACAAUAAAGUGGGUGAAGUAUGAUGUGAGCAGGCGUCACUGUUGUUUGCCAGAACUGUUGCAAACUGUUCGAUUGGCCCUCCUUCCAGCCGUUUAUCUGAUGGAGAAUGUGGCCACAGAAGAGCUUAUAACUAGGCAGCUGAAGAGUAAAGAGUUAAUAGAAGAAGCAAUACAUUGUAAAUUAAAGAUUUUACAGAACGAUGGAGUGGUGACAAGUCUUUGCGCCAGGCCUCGAAAAACUGGACAUGCCUUGCUCCUCCUUGGAGGACAGACCUUUAUGUGUGAUAAAGUUUAUCUAAUAGACCAUAAAGCAAAGGAGAUCAUUCCAAAAGCAGACAUUCCCAGCCCACGCAAGGAAUUCAGUGCAUGUGCAAUUGGCUGCAAAGUAUAUGUGACUGGGGGACGGGGGUCAGAAAAUGGAGUCUCGAAGGAUGUUUGGGUGUACGAUACUCUUCAUGAAGAAUGGUCAAAAUCAGCCCCAAUGCUGGUCGCAAGGUUUGGCCAUGGAUCUGCUGAGCUGAAACACUCCCUGUACGUGGUGGGUGGGCACACCGCAGCCACAGGACGGCAGCCAGCUUCACCCUCUGUUUCUCUAAAGCAAGUGGAACAGUAUGACCCAGUGACCAAUAAGUGGACAAUGGUAGCACCUCUUCGGGAAGGUGUCAGCAAUGCAGCUGUAGUCAGUGCUAAGCUUAGGCUGUUUGCCUUUGGUGGUACCAGUGUGAGCCAUGAUAAACUGCCUAAAGUACAGUGUUAUGACCCAGUUGAAAAUAGAUGGACUGUGCCAGCCACCUGCCCUCAGCCUUGGAGAUACACAGCUGCAGCUGUGCUGGGAAACCAAAUUUUUAUCAUGGGUGGGGAUACUGAAUUCUCUGCAUGUUCUGCAUACAGAUUUAACAGUGAGACCUAUCAAUGGACUAAAGUUGGGGAUGUUACUGCAAAGAGAAUGAGCUGCCAUGCUGUGGCCUCUGGAAAUAAACUCUAUGUUGUUGGAGGCUAUUUUGGCACUCAGAGAUGUAAAACACUGGACUGCUAUGAUCCCACUUUGGACACAUGGAAUAGCAUCACUACGGUACCUUAUUCGUUAAUUCCCACUGCGUUCGUUAGUACGUGGAAGCACCUUCCUACAUAGAAGUCACAACCCUUCAAUAUUUUACAGAACAGUUUCCAGGAUUCCUGAUAUGAAGAAUUUUUUAAACCGUGAAGAAACACAACUUAAAGGAAGAAUAUAAAGCCUUUUCUUAACUAAGCUAAAAUGACUUGGCUUUGGCAAUUUGCAUAUAACAUGCUUAUAACGAUUUGAAGAGAACAUUUUUUUCAUACACAUCCGUUUGUUGUGACUGUGAGCCUAUUUUUGAACAAUGGUUGCCAAUGGCAAUUGCUAAUGAAUCAUAGGUGACAUUAUUUGGUUCCUCCAUGAAGUAUGACUUAUCACCAUGCUGCCACACUGUUCUCAGUUUUUAUUGGCUCCGAACAUUUGUAUGUAAUAUUUUAAACAACUGUCAUUAGGUAGCAGGACAUUUGAAAUGCUGGUGCCAACUAUGAGGAAGAGGGGAAAUAAUAAAGAGCACGAAUUUGGGCUGAACGUGAUGUAGAUGUACUUCCCCAAAUCUUUGCUAUUGGGGCCGCCACUGUGGACAAUGUUGAUGGCUCUGCCUGUGGCAGCAACAACCCUGCUUUGAGAGUCCACGCUGUCAGGCAGGAAAACCCUGCAGACCGUGGAGAGGGAGGUCAGCUGCCAAAAUCAUUAAAGGUCAAUCUUUAUUAACAGAGGGAGGAGAAAAAUUGACCUGAGGGUCAGAAAUACAUCUUUUAUAUGAAUCUGUUAUUUAUGUUUUUUUAAUGAUUAUAGGCUAUUUAUUGUUCAAUGAUGACUUGCACAUUGAAAUGAACAAGUAUUCAUAAAUGUGUACUUUGUGUUAAGGAGGAUCUGUUGAGAAAUAUUUGCACACUUGUUUAGAAGGGAUGGGCGUGUUGGGAAAGGCAGCUCACACACUUUAAAACCAUACCCAUUCUCACUUAAGAUGAAAAGUGCAAACCUGCAAUGAAGGGGUGGGGGAAUUUCCAGUCGGAAAUGGGAAGGGACCAGAAGCGAGUUCUUAAGUUACGACUGCACUGGAAGAAGGCAGUGAGGUCACUUUCUCAAGCCUAUAGCUCAACAGGUUGCAUGUUGUACAUUCUAGCAUCUGGCCACAUUUCACUAAGUUUCUUAGUGCUUCCAGUGCUUUGAUGUAGGCACUGUUUAGUGCAUGCUAAUUAAUCUCUGAACAUGUUUUUCUUCUUCUAGUUAAUCCAGUCUCGGUGACAGUCCCUUAUUUCAAACAAUUAUAUUGAAUCGUAAUGAAUGAAAAUGAUUGGAACUGCAACUAGUUUUCAUUAUGAUUCAAGAGCCAACCUUUCCUGCUAUGUACGAGAUAGAUGAAAGGGAGAGAAGCAAGAUUCAGACUGGAAAAUUCAGAUAUUAUAGAUUCUAGGGCAGUGGCACUCUUUGCAAAUGAAGGAUUAACAUGCUAUACUACAUUCCUGCACGCAUUACUUUUAGGCAGAUGCUAAUCCAUUUAAAAUAAACAGGUUAACACCUGUCUAAAAAUAGAGCACAGUGGAAUGCAGUGUAAGCAUGUUAACUCUUUAUACAUGAAAUUCUUUAAUCAGAAUUUCUAGUCCUUUUUGAAGCAUCAUUCCUUCUUGGCAUUUAUGCAUUACAAUAUCGGGUCAGUGAGAUCAAAACAUUCAGUGACAUUAGUGCUACGUUAUUAUUUGAUUACUUCAGGGCAAUUUAGGUAACAUUUUUGAGAGAAUAAGUAUGUGUGGAAGUGGUCAAUCCGCAUAAACACUGGAAUUCUAAAACUUAAUAUAUGCAUUGCUACAUAAUCUAAAAUGGAACUUUAUUGUGACUGGGUACACUGCAUAUAAAUUGAACAUAAGUGAGUGUUUCCAUCAGUUGGAAAUGCACUGCCCAUUUGGGAACUGAGCCGUACAAACAAUAGAAAUUUUAGUUUAGAUUUCUGGCAUGUAUGCAGUUAGUUUGUCUUAGGGGUUGGGAGGGGAAGAGAGGGAAUGGUAAGGGUGAUAAAAUAAGUUUCAAAACAGCCUUCAACCAUCUAGGGCAAGGAAGUGAACAAUCACCCAAGAUUCCCGAAAAUGGUCAUCAGACAGUGAUCUCUGUUGGAAGGUUUUAGUGUGGUCACUGGGUGGUGUCAAGUUGUGAUGCAUUGCAUGACAUGAAUAAUAGGCAUCUGUGGCCACAGAUUGGGCAACCAUCUUGUAUUUAUCAACCUGAGUCACAGCUUUCAGGAGAAGAUAAACAAAAAAGUGGAUGGUGCAGUAAAUAAAGUGAAUAUUGUUAUUAGGAAAUGAGGUAAUGUAGAUGUUCUGCUUGUGAAGUAAAGUGGUAGUGCAGUAGUAGAUGACUAGUGUUUAUUAGGUGUACAUUAUUGGUUGAAAUAUCUAGGCAGUUUCAAAUGCCUAUUUCCUUGUGAACCAAUUAAAAAUGGAAAAAAAUCAACUUUGAAGGUCUGACCAGUGCCACCAUUGGAAAAAAAUGUUAUGCAUCUUUUCAAUCACUGGGGCAGGAAUAUCAGCUAAUUUUAGUUACAUUUCGUGAAGGCUAUUUGCCCUUGAAUAAUAACUAAGAGGAGGCAUUGAAGACAGGGUGGGCCUCAAGCUCUACGGGGCACUCUCUGGGGUCCUGCUUUUUGAAUUGAUGUGGUAAUUUUGCUUGCCAUUUGGCUAUUGCAGAUCUGCAAAAACACCGCACAGUUUGAAGAGAAUGCAAUUCACAGCAGAGUGCACACAUAAAGUUGGCAUAAGACAAGAAGGUUCUUCCUAUUUUGUACACUCAUCACCAUAGCAACACAUUACAAAGCAUACUCUUCUAUUUCCAAUGUAAUUGCAUAAAGGCCUUUUCAAAAGAGCUGACACCUGUCUGAAUGAGUGUGAUUAGAGAUGAAUAAUGUCUGCACCAACAAAAGUAAAUGUGUGUGUAUAAAAAAAUGUCAUUGCAAGAUUCACUGUGAGUGUUUCCUUUUUUUACUGCUUGAAUGUAACAUUUUUGUAAAAGUAACUUUUUUU